UAAUGUUUUUCUGUCAUCAGUCAUCAAAUCAGCUGUGUAUCACUCACUGGGAACAUGUAACAUAACAAAUGUGCGUAUUUAAAUUUUCGGUGUGAAAAUGUCCACUGAGACAAUUGAUAGAAGAACUGCUCAAUGUUUAUGAUAAAUUUGUGGUGGAAGCAACAUGGCGCGCCGGAGGAGCAGCGGUAUAACAAGUCUGGGGUUUAACCAGGACCAAGGCUGCUUCACAUGCUGCCUAAUAUCGGGCCUGCGCGUUUACAAUGUUGACCCUCUGGUUGAGAAAGCACAUUACAGUAAGGAGGAACUCGGUGAAGUAUCUCUCUGUGAGAUGGUAUUUCGCACUAACUGGUUACUAGUAGUUCGUGCAAGAAGACCAUGCAGCCUUAUGCUACUUGACGACCAGCAGAGAGCUUUUAGAGCCGAGGUCCUGUUCAAAUCACCAAUACGAGCCUUGAAAGCUAGGAAGGAUAAAGUAGCCGUAGUGUUGUCAUCAACAGUACAAAUCCUCUCUCUGCCGUCGUUGACUCGGGUUGCCUUACUGCGUACCCCGAGUGCUGGCCGUCCUCUCUGUGCGAUAGCCACAGACCCCGGGGCAGCGCAAUUAGUGGCUGCGCCCGCGCACAGGAAGGGGUCCCUUCAGAUUUUGGACGUGUCCCGAGCUAUAAAGAACGCGGCGUCAAGUUCACCGGCGGUGGUAAGUUGUCAUCAGACAGAUCUGGUCUGCAUCAGUCUGUCUCCCAAUGGAGCGAAGCUAGCCACCGCCAGCGAACGUGGAACCAUCAUAAGGCUGUGGGAUACCAACACUAAACACAUGCUGCACGAGCUACGACGAGGAUCUGAUUACGCUGAUGUUUAUUGUAUCAACUUCAACUGGUCGGGUACAUUGGUGUGCUGUGUUUCGGACAAGGGCACCCUACACGUGUGGCUCGCGCGAGGUAACUACACGCACGUGUGUGCGGCGCCUGCUACCUCUCAGAGAGCUCUGUGUGCCUUCAGUGACGACAGUAGCGCCAUAGUCAUCUGCGAGGACGGAACGUUUCACAAAUUCACAUUCUCUACUGAAGGCAGUUACCAUCGUAACGACUUUGAAUAUUUUUUACAGGUCGGCGAUGACGACGAGUUCUUGCAUUGAUAAAAAAUAUCGUAAUAACUAUACAAAGGACGGAAUAUAUAAAAAAAAAUUAAGUGUGGAGGAAAAAAGUGAUUUAGAUAUUUUAAGAACCAAAAUUUACAUAAAUAUUGUGUAUUUUUGCUACAGCAUUGGUUUUUUAAGGCUAAUGUAAGUACAGCGUAUAUGUGAUAAUUGUUUUUGUUCAAAAAAUUGACAAUAGAAUUCUAAUAUCGUCAAAGACUGCGCUUCGAUUUCAUUAAUACAAAAUCUAUCCUAUACAUACUUAUAAUUAGCCUUAAAACUGUUCUUUUCGAUGUAAUUGGCGUUUUGUUUAAAUUAAUUGUAGUUUUAAAACUACUCCAAAAAUAAUAUAAUGGAUAUUAAAAUAUAAUCAAAUGAUUAUAUUGUUUUUAUUUUAGAAUUGUGUGCAACGAAAAUUUCGCAUUACCAAUACUGUAGACAGUUGUAUGUUAGAUUAAAAUAAAUACUAGGUACACUAUUAAUACUUUCUGAUAAAUUAAUACAAAAAUACAUGAAAGGCACUAAAAUUACCUUUUUUUCUGACUCAAUAAAAGGAUUUUUUCUAUUUAAAGUCUUUUAAAAUAUAUAAAUACAAUUUGAAUUUUAGAUUACAUUACAAUUAUUUGAUUAUAUAGCUAAAACAAUGUUGUUAUUUGUGAUCCUUCAUGGUCUAAAUCCUUAAUUCAUAUAUCUCGCUAUCGCUAUUAAUAUCUUUAUGAUAUCAUUAUAAAUAUAUGUGAAUUCAUAAUGUGGUGCAAAAUAUGCUCUAGAUACUCGCUCAAUGUAAUCGUACCUUUGCAUUUUGCUCAUAUAAAUGUCAUAAAAAAAUUAUAGUGCCUGUAAUUUUUUUUUUUUUUUUUUAUAAUUAUUUAAUCAGCACUGAAUCCAAAUCUAUUAGGGUUAAUUGUAAACCCAAUUAUGUGUACAAUUGUAAAUAUUUAGUCCCAUUUAGAUUUUUUACAAUGAUGCUAAGUUAGAUUUAUAAUAUUGUUUGCUUUUGUAAUAAUUUUAAAGAUAUUAAACACAUAUUUUAUAAUGUGUUUCUCUGUCAAUAGAUAUAAGUUUUAGGAAUAUUUGGAUAUAAUAAGCACAUGUUGUAAAUAAGAAAAUUCAAGUUUAUUUUUUGAAAUGGAAAAAAAUUGUGACAAUGACUGUUACUCCACUGUAUAGAUUAGGUUGUGGUUAACAUAGGAUUUGCAAUUUUCACAAUAAAAUAUUUUUAUUCA